AUGGAGAAAAUCGUAGGCGAGUACCUAAACAGUAAAGUGUGUCAGAAAGCCUGGGAGCCACACUUCUACUGCAACCUUAAUAAGGAGAUUCAUUACUACGUUGGACACGAAAUCAAAAUCUACGAGUCUCUUGAUUCUUAUGGUGCCACCAUCUGGCCCGCGGGACUCGCACUAUGUCAGUAUCUGGAUUCUAAUAAAAAAAAGAUUAAUCUGCAAGACAAAGCAGUCUUAGAGCUUGGAGCAGGAACUGGCAUAGUAUCCAUUGUCGCCAGCCUCUUGGGUGCUUGGGUAACUGCUAGUGACCUUUCUGAAGUCCUGGGAAACCUGCGCAGUAACUUGUGCAGAAACACAAGAGGCUACUGCAGAUACACACCUCAAGUGGCAUCGCUGUCAUGGGGCUAUGACCUGCAACGGACCUUUCCUCGGUCUGUUUAUCACUAUGACUACAUUCUGGCCGCAGACGUGGUCUACCAUCACGACUUCUUAGACGAGCUCUUAGUAACCAUGCGCCAUUUCUGCCAACCAGGCACAACCGUGAUCUGGGCCAAUAAGAUCCGCUUUGCGUCUGAUCUGGUGUUUACGGAGAACUUUAAGAAGACCUUUAACACCACUUUAAUUGCAGAUAUGGGAGAAGUUAAAAUUUACUCUGGUACCGCAAAAAAUGAGGUAGAGAACGACUGUUCAGUGAUGAUGUUAAAUGAUGCAGCAAAGCAGGAAAAGGACUCUACAGAGUGCGAAACUGCAUAUAGUAACAAGAACCAGGAUAAAUAUGCUAAUAAGGACGAACUGAAUGAAUCCAACGGAGAUACAAGGCAAAGGAACGCCAGUGAAACAGGAGAAGAAACUGAAGACAAUGGUCAUGCUAAAUACAAAGAAGAAUCACAUGACUCAGAGGGGAAUGAACAACUGGUCUUCCAGACACCAGGCAUGGACAAUAAACAAGACAUUUACAACUUUGUAGGUCACAAAAUCUGCAUUGAAAUAUUCAAUGGUGAUACCAUCAGUCCAGCUACAGUGGCUUUAUGCAAAUACUUAGAAACACCAGCAGGCCAAGAGCAGAUUGUUCUCCUUGACCGUACUGUACUCGAGUUGUGUGCAGGCACUGGAUUGCUGUCAGUAGUAGCUACAUUGUUGGGUGCCAGAGUAACAGCUACGGAACAACCAGAACUCUUGGAGAACCUAAGAAGUAAUUUGCAUCGCAAUACAAGAGGUCGUCAAAGGCACGAACCCCAAGUGACAGCACUAAGUCACGACCUGGAGCGAAACUUCCCUCAUUCCAAGUGUCGUUAUGAUUACGUGCUGGCAGCUGAGGCGCUCGACCACUAUGACUGCUUUACUGAGCUAUUGGUUACCAUGAGACAUUUCUGCCAACCAGGCACAAAUCUGAUCUGGGCUGUUAAAGCGUGUUAUCCAGCUGACCUGAUCUUUAUUGAGGACUUCAAUCAAGCUUUUCUGACCAGUCUGCUAGCAGAGCUGGAUGAAGUGAGGAUUUACUUGGCAACUCAUAGAGCCUCAGAUAGUGAAGAUGACUUGAUGAAAACCACAGGCUCAGAGGAAAAGAUGGAAAAGUGUCAAACAGCAUUUGAGUUUACAGAUGAAGAGAUCUCACCAAGCAAAAAGACACAGGAGGACAAAAACUACAGUACAGAUAUUAACAGAAAUGAGGGACGAGGUGUCCAAGCGGUCAUAAAUGAACAGAAAGAAGAGGAUGUGCAAAAGAAGUAUAAUGAAGGAAAUGACAAGGAACAUGGAAGCUCUGAAGAAUGGGAAGAGUCCCAUAGUCAUGAUGUAUCAGAAUCAUUCCCUACAGGCAGUUGCUCUUUGUAAAUUCCUGGAAACCUCUGAAGGGAGGCAGCAAAUUAACCUACUUGACAAAACAGUUCUGGAGAUUGGCGCAGGGACUGGUCUUCUUUCGAUUGUCCUAACCUUGCUUGGUGCCAAAUUAACAGCCACUGACCUGCCGGAUAUCUUAAGUAACCUGAGAUUCAAUCUCGACCGGAAUACCAGGUCUUUGCGCCG